AUGGCAACCACAUGCACCCUGCAGCCGUUGGCUGCGCUGCCCAAGAUGGCGGCGCCCAUGCGCGCGCAGCAGGAACCGACCAAUGAGAAGCACCCUUUCGAUUUCCAGGCCGGUCCUCCAUUAACCAAUGAAAGGGAGGCCCACCCCUCGGGGGCGCGGGGGCGGGCUUUUAGACCUCGCGAGGGCGAGGAGGGAGACUUGAAGCGAGGCAGCAGCUGCGUCCCCUCAGUGCGCGGCGGGGACUCGGCGGGUGUGGGGUCCGCUCCCGCUCGUUCCCGGCGCCGCCUGCGGCCUUCACAGGUCCCACUUGCGGCCUUCAUAGGCCCCGCUAUGGCCGAGAAGGAGAACGUGAACCCCGCCAUGGCCGAGGCCAGGCCGCUCGUCCGGAGGGUGCCGUGUAAGGACGGGGAGGAGGCCGAGGCCGUGCCCGGUAAUGGGGGGGCUAUGGGGGGGGGGUUUGGGGGUUAUGGGGGGGUUUUGACCCACACCCCCCCCUCCACCGUUGUUCCUAUAGGAGUGCGGCAGGAGCCGCUGGAGGCCGGUGUGGAGGCAGCGCUUGUGCCCCAGCCGAAGCUUUUCUCCUUGGCUGACUUCGAGGUCGGGCGCCCCCUGGGCCGGGGCAAGUUCGGCCGCGUUUACCUGGCUCGGGAGCGCGGCUCCAAGGUGCUCGUGGCCCUCAAGGUGCUCUUCAAGUCCCAGCUGGAGAAGGAGGGGCUGGAGCACCAGCUGCGGAGGGAGGUGGAGAUCCAGGCGCACCUGCGGCACCCCAACAUCCUGCGCCUCUACAACUUCUUCCACGACGAGCGCCGCAUCUUCCUCAUCCUCGAGUUCGCGCCCAGGGGGGAGCUCUACAAGGAGCUGCAGCGCUGCGGGCGCUUCGACGCCACCCGCACGGCCACGCUGGUGGAGGAGCUGGCGGACGCGCUCCAGUACUGCCACAGCAAGCGCGUGAUCCACAGGGACAUCAAACCCGAGAACCUGCUCCUGGGCUUCCUGGGAGAGCUCAAGAUCGCCGACUUCGGGUGGUCCGUGCACACGCCCUCCCUCCGGCGGCGCACGCUCUGCGGGACCCUGGAUUACCUCCCCCCGGAGAUGGUGGAGGGGCGGGCGCACGACGAGAAGGUCGAUCUCUGGUGCCUGGGGGUGCUCUGCUUCGAGCUGCUCGUGGGGGCCCCCCCCUUCGAGAGCCCCUGCGUGGCCGACACCUACAGGCGCAUCACCAAGGUGGACCUGCGCUUCCCCCCGGAAGUGCCGGAGGGCGCACGUGACCUCAUCACACGGCUGCUGCGCUACAGCGCCCCCCAGCGGCUGCCGCUGGCGGAGGUCCUCCAGCACCCGUGGGUGCGGGGCAACUCCCGGCGCGUGCUGCCCCCAGGCCCCGCCCCCUCCCACCCCCACUGA